GUGUGUGUGUGUGUGUGUGUGUGUGUGUGUGUGUAUGUGCAUGAGUGUGGGGUGUGUGGGGCUCCAGCGCUCUGCUCGCGGCCGCCGCCAAGGAAGGACAGACGGACGGGGCUUCCUUCCAUCGGGAGCAGUUCCUGAGCACCUCAUCUCGGCCCGGGCACAAGUGGAGCGCGCCUGACUGGCCGCUGGCCUCCGGAAGGUUCCACUGCGUCCCCCUUGGGCUGGAUAUGUUUAUGUUCACGUGAAGAUGGAUUUAGUGUACGGUCUCGUGUGGCUGCUGACAGUCCUCCUGGAGGGGAUCUCUGGCCAAGGAGUGUACGCUCCCCCGACAGUUCGGAUCGUGCACUCAGGAUUGGCCUGUAAUAUUGAGGAGGAGCGCUACUCUGAAAGGGUCUACACUAUCCGGGAAGGGGAAACUCUAGAGUUGACCUGUCUGGUUACAGGACAUCCACGUCCACAGAUCAGGUGGACCAAAACAGCAGGAAGUGCCUCUGACAGAUUCCAAGACUCGAGUGUCUUCAAUGAGACUUUGAGGAUUACAAACAUUCAGAGACACCAAGGUGGCCGCUAUUACUGUAAAGCAGAGAACGGCUUGGGGUCCCCAGCAAUAAAGUCGAUCCGAGUGGAUGUGUACUACUUGGAUGAUCCAGUAGUAACUGUUCAUCAAAGCAUAGGUGAAGCUAAAGAACAAUUUUACUAUGAGAGAACAGUGUUUCUCAGAUGCGUGGCCAAUUCCAACCCGCCUGUGCGCUACAGUUGGAGGCGUGGCCAAGAAGUGUUGCUUCAAGGAUCUGACAAAGGAGUAGAGAUUUACGAGCCCUUCUUUACCCAGGGUGAAACAAAGAUCUUAAAGCUAAAGAAUCUUCGACCUCAGGACUAUGCUAACUACAGCUGCAUUGCUUCAGUGAGGAAUGUGUGCAAUAUUCCAGACAAGAUGGUAUCAUUUAGACUUUCCAAUAAAACAGCAUCCCCGUCAAUUAAGCUUUUGGUGGAUGAUCCUAUAGUUGUAAAUCCUGGAGAGGCCAUAACAUUAGUGUGUGUUACAACAGGAGGAGAGCCCACGCCCUCUCUCACCUGGGUCAGAUCCUUUGGGACUCUACCUGAAAAGAUUGUUUUGAAUGGAGGGACGCUUACCAUACCUGCCAUCACCUCAGAUGAUGCUGGUACUUAUAGCUGCAUUGCCAAUAAUAAUGUGGGAAAUCCUGCAAAAAAAUCCACCAACAUCAUUGUGAGAGCCUUAAAAAAAGGACGAUUUUGGAUCACUCCUGAUCCUUAUCACAAAGAUGACAACAUCCAGAUUGGGCGUGAGGUGAAAAUAUCUUGCCAAGUAGAAGCUGUUCCUUCUGAGGAGUUAACAUUUAGUUGGUUUAAAAAUGGUCGUCCAUUAAGAAGUUCUGAGCGGAUGGUUAUUACACAGACUGACCCUGAUGUAUCCCCCGGAACAACAAAUUUGGAUAUCAUUGAUUUAAAAUUCACGGACUUUGGGACUUACACAUGCGUGGCCUCUCUGAAGGGAGGAGGAAUAUCUGAUAUCAGUAUUGACGUUAAUAUUUCCAGCAGUACAGUUCCACCCAAUCUGACUGUUCCACAGGAAAAAUCACCUUUGGUCACCAGAGAAGGAGACACAAUAGAACUUCAGUGUCAAGUAACUGGGAAACCUAAACCAAUCAUCCUUUGGUCUAGAGCCGAUAAAGAAGUUGCAAUGCCUGAUGGGACAAUGCAAAUGGAGAGUUACGAUGGGACACUGAGGAUUGUGAAUGUGUCAAGGGAAAUGUCAGGGAUGUACAAGUGUCAAACCAGCCAGUACAACGGAUUCAACGUGAAGCCAAGAGAAGCCUUGGUCCAGCUCAUCGUGCAGUAUCCCCCAGCUGUGGAACCAGCAUUCUUGGAAAUCCGUCAAGGACAGGACAGAAGUGUGACCAUGAGCUGCAGGGUCCUGCGAGCUUAUCCCAUACGAGUGCUGACCUAUGAGUGGCGUUUGGGCAAUAAAUUAUUACGGACCGGUCAGUUUGACUCUCAGGAAUAUACAGAGUACCCUGUAAAAAGUCUUUCCAAUGAGAACUACGGAGUCUAUAACUGCAGCAUCAUAAAUGAAGCCGGGGCAGGGAGAUGCAGCUUUCUGGUGACAGGGAAGGCCUAUGCCCCAGAGUUCUAUUAUGACACCUACAACCCUGUGUGGCAGAACCGACACCGAGUAUAUUCCUACAGUCUGCAGUGGACACAAAUGAAUCCUGAUGCCGUGGAUCGAAUAGUUGCAUACCGGUUGGGUAUUCGGCAGGCUGGACAGCAGCGGUGGUGGGAACAGGAGAUUAAAAUAAAUGGGAAUAUUCAAAAGGGAGAACUGAUUACAUAUAACUUGACUGAACUGAUUAAACCAGAGGCCUAUGAAGUCCGACUAACUCCUCUCACUAAAUUUGGUGAAGGAGAUUCAACAAUUCGUGUAAUCAAAUAUACUGCACCUGUAAAUCCUCACUUGAGAGAGUUUCACUGUGGAUUUGAAGAUGGUAAUAUUUGUUUGUUCACCCAAGAUGAUACUGAUAAUUUUGACUGGACAAAACAAAGUACCGCAACAAGAAAUACGAAAUACACUCCUAACACGGGGCCCAAUGCAGAUCGCAGCGGUUCCAAAGAAGGUUUUUAUAUGUACAUUGAGACAUCACGACCCAGACUAGAAGGUGAAAAGGCUCGACUUCUCAGCCCUGUAUUCAGCAUAGCUCCCAAAAAUCCAUACGGACCCACAAACACUGCAUAUUGUUUCAGUUUCUUCUACCACAUGUAUGGGCAGCAUAUAGGUGUUUUAAAUGUCUAUCUACGUUUGAAAGGGCAGACAACAAUAGAGAAUCCUCUAUGGUCUUCAAGUGGAAAUAAAGGACAACGAUGGAAUGAGGCUCAUGUUAAUAUAUAUCCAAUUACUUCAUUUCAGCUAAUUUUUGAAGGUAUUCGAGGUCCAGGGAUAGAAGGUGACAUCGCCAUUGACGAUGUAUCAAUAGCGGAAGGAGAAUGUGCAAAGCAGGACCUAACAACUAAGAAUUCCGUGGAUGGUGCUGUUGGGAUCUUAGUUCAUUUAUGGCUUUUCCCCGUCAUCAUCCUCAUCUCUAUCUUGAGUCCUCGAAGGUGACCUUAUCUUGGCAGAGGCUAUCAAUGAUUCACCAGGCACUGGCAUGAAGAAAGAGUCUUUGUAAAUGGACACAGAAAAAAAAAAUAAACAAACUACCAAAGAUUCCUCCACUGACUACUGACUCAAAAAUUAAUAAUAAAAACAGCAUUUUUUAAGCACUGGGGAUAAAAAGACACCAUGGAAAUAUAACUUAUUCCAAACUACAUAUAGAAGAUAAUCUUGGCCUGGGUACAGAAGAGACCUUCAGGUGCUUUUGUGGCUAAAACGAUUACAGCUUCAUCUGGUUGAACUCUGGAAAAAGAAAAAAAAAAGAAAGAAAGAAAAAGAAGAAGAAAUAAAGAGCUAUAGAAAUCCUCGUCAAAGCACAAAGUCAUGGCUGGUUUUGUUUCAAAUGAAUAGUUUGCUUGUUACCAUGGAAACCUAAUGGCCUGCCAACAAAAACCUCACUGUAAACAGGGUACGUGGAGAGCUGGCAUUUAUUUUCCUUUCAAGAAGGUUUUAUGUAGAGAAUUAAAUAAAUGUAGGCCCUUUUACCUUUGGCUGUUACCCUUCAUUGAAAAUACUCCAAACUCAGAAUUAUUUAAAGGUUUCAUGUUUCUCCCCCCUUACCCCACCCCACUUUUACUGUUGUUAGUUUGUUUUUGUUGUUGUUACUGUUCGCUGUUCUUUUUUUGUCUUUCUCCCUCCCAUGGCUAAGCUAGAUAACUGUGUGAUGUCUCUUUUUGCAUGCACUACUAUCCAGGACAGUAAACCUGGGCUUACAUAUUACACAGGCUUAUCGGAGUUUGCUUGCGGCCACUUGAACACCCAAACUACGUCAUCUGUUCCUAUGAAGAAACCAAACCACCAUCUUUUAUAAAUUGCCAUGGAAACCAAGUGCCUUCAAUGAAACAAGCCUGAAUAAUUCUCCACUCAGAAGCUUGCACUGCAAACAAUGGUUUGUGUAGAACUAGUUUGUAAACAGACGACACAGCCGAAACGUGCAAACUCCAGGCGAGAUGCCCCAGCCGCUUCUGAAGAAGAAAGGACCCGCUGCUGCAGAAGCCCAUGCAGACAAGAUUGUUUGUUUGACCUCCUAGACAGCCAUGGCCUUUCGGCUUAUUGUCCAUAGAAAGGAACUUCCACUGAGACCAGAAAUGGGAGCAACACUUUUUUCUUCCAGGUUAUUAAAUGUGUCAACCAGAGCAAAAGGUUCUUGUGAUAAUGCCUAGCGCAGAAGGUGGUAAAACACAGAAGUGAUUUUUUUUUUUUACUCUAACCUCCAUUUGAAAUGAAAUUGGCCCUGCCUUUAGAGGAAACGAGGAAAUGGUUGAGAUUGCCGUGCGGACAAACUCUGCCGCGGAACUGGGCCUGAAAAAUCCGGCUUUAUUCUAAACUCUGAGGGUAAUAUGCCUCUGCCCUUUAGUCAGACUCCGUGCAAAUUGUGAAAUAUUAUUUUAUUAUUUUAACAAGAUUAAAAAACACUUUUACAAAAAAAAAACAAAAACCUGUAAAAAUGAUUUUGAGCUACCUGAGGACAAACCAUACCUUUAACCAGCCAGUUUUCCAAUGCAUUGUAAAUUCCACUUACACCUGUUGGUUAUGAAAAUUUGAAGAUCUUUUUCCUUAAAUUAUCUCAGCUUUUAACUUCAUUUAAAAAGACUUUUGUCUAAAGAAGAAUAUUAUUAUUAUCUGUUCUUUCCAUACCCCAGGAUUUAAAAAAUACUGAUUAUGCAAGAAAUUGGGAUCUAAGUAUUAAAUUGCAGUAUUUGCAAAUAUUAAUAUAAAAAGCACAACAAAAUGUAGUAGAAAUGACAAAGCUUGAUUUUUUAAAACAACUGUAGAAAUGUUUGUGCAAAUUCAAUAAUUCAAUUUAAAAUAUAAUUUUACAGCUCUGUUCAAUAAAGCCUCUUUCCAGGUAAGGUAUGAUAAGCAGUACGUGUGUUUGUUGGGCAAUAUUCACUUAUCACUAAAAUGAGGUUAGGUAUGUAAUUUACUGGUUAUGUUAUCUCGGGAUAAAUCUUCAGUGCUUCACACACAAUUAAAGUCUGAGGAAGAAAUUUUAAUGGAAACACCCAAUGCACUUUCCUUUAUCUGUAAUACGUGUAGGAACUGCUGUACCUCUAUAGGUAAAGAAUGAACUAAAGGCAAUUUGAAAUUUAAUGUUUAAUUUUAUCAUCAGUUCAAAGGGGGACAUAUCAGAAAACCUAGGUAGUGAUAGAAGCAAGCUAACCCAAAUCCUUUAAAUUGAACAAAAGGAACAAAUUACUAUCAUAAUUUAUUUGAAUUAAGUAGUCCUAUUGAAUUUUUUUCAAAAAUUCAAAGGUAUUCUUCUAUUAAGUCAAACCAAAGAUUUCAAGAAAAUGAUACAUGGACACUUAGCAUCUGAAAAUGUGCAUUUGCCUAUAUUUCCACCAUGUUGAAACUAACCACAUCUCUUCACUGUCCAAGAUUAGGAAAACACAAUUUUAUUUAUUUUAUUUUGCUAUGUUUUUUUUUUACAUUCUUUUUGCCAGAACACCAGGAGUAUCUUUUGAUUUAAAGAGAGGCUUAAUUUGUCAUCUUCUUUCAAUUAUCUUUAAGUUGGCUUGAGUCAUGAUUUUGCAAGUAAAUGUAAAGGAAAAAGACCCCAAAAUUCAGAUUAUUUGAAAAUACACAUAUUCUUUCAAGAAAAAUAACAAGGUUUUUCUUUCCUCUAAGUUAUCCCGAGCCAACAAGCUGCUGUAAGUAAGAGAUUCAGUUAUAUCAUUACGCAUUUAUCAAAUACUAAAUGAAUUUUUCCCAAACUUUCGCAUUGUCAGAAAACACACUACUGAGUUCAUGAGAACUGGCUGGUACUUCAAAAUUCAUUUUGAUUAAACUUCUAAGAAGACUGUGAAGGACAGGGAGCAGUCAGAAGGGGAAGCAAACAGACUACUGAGAUGACAAUAAAAUGGGUUUCUCACAUGAGAUCUGCAUCCAUUAGACAAGCUAUCAGAGAGAACCGGUGUUUUGACUUCAGAUCAAAUGCUCAGUUGCUGUCAUUGAAGGCAAAUGGCCAAAAAUGUGGAAGCUUUAAAAUGAUUUGGGAAAGUGAACUGGAAAUUUUGUGAAAUCACCUUGUCUUUAAUAGAACCAAUGAUCACGAAACCCUUAAAGCACCUCUGUAUUGAUGGUGUUCCCAUUCCUAACACAGCUAUGUCUAUCGGAAACUGGCCUCAACAACAAUUUUCCUUUGCCAAUUUGAUAGUGUAUCAGCCUAUGAUGGAGAUAAGCCAGUAGAGUUGAUGGAUUUUUUGUUGUUAUGGUUUGCUUUUUGUUUGUUUGUUUUUGUUUAAUGGGGAAGCAUCUAGCCAUCAGGUUUUUGUCUUCUGGGAGACACAACAUACCGUGUAAUCUCCAAUUAUUGACAAUAAUUGAUCCCUAUCAAUCAGAAGCAGGACCACUUUUCUCUAGUUAAAUGAUGUUCCUUUACAAGUUAACAUUUCUACAACCGGGACUAUUUUGAUUGCAGUUAGCAGGAUUUCCAUGUAGUGAAAUGAAGGUUCACGUGGGAGCUGGGAGAACCUGAGUAUGAAUAUUCACCACAUUCACGAAAGUUGCCAGAAGUGCCAAACAAUGUGAAGUAUGAUCUUCUUUUCUUCAAACCUGAAAGUGAGAAAAAAAAUCACAAUUAUAGGAUGUCUAACUAGUCAUGGACUAUGCAGUUUAUAACCUGAUUUCCUUUGCUUUUUUAAAAGAUCAGAGUCUUCUCAGAUGCGUUACAAUCAUACCUGUUCUUACUUUUUUGUUUCCUUCUGAUUUUCCUACCAUCUGUUCUUAUAGUUCCAUUACGGAUCACAUGUAUUCCUGGUCUACUGUGGUCCCUGUCACCAUGUGGCUUCUUGUAUUCAGUAGAUCAGAGGUUUGCUCCAUGACUGCAUUUCCUUAAGAGAACUGAUUAAGGGGCAGUUAUAAUGUCAGACAAUGGACCUUGACACGAAUGGCCUUCAUUUCAUGUCUCCCAUUAAUUUGACUCAGCAGAACAAUGAAUUCUUUCUGAGUAAGAACCUAGAUAGUCGUUAUACCAUGUACUAUAUAAUGAAUAUAAUUCCACUCUUGACUUUCAUACUUGGAAAUAUGAAGAAAUAUAAAUUACAAUUGUACUAAUUUUUCACCAAACAUGAAAUUUAUCUUAAGUACUUUAUAAUAAUAAACUUACCUGUCAAAAACAUGUGUCAUUUAAAGAAUAAUUAAUUCAUUUAGUUCUGUACUUAAGACUAUAAACUUCAAAGAAACAAUUAUUUUUCAUAAUCAAUUUAUGUUUUUAUUGAUAAUUUUAAAGCUGGUGAUAGACUGAUCUGAUUUUGGUAAAUUUUCAAAUGAUUCUCCUAAGUACAUGUUCUUUAUCGCAAAACCUUUUUUUAAAAUGUGCCUUUCAAAUACGAGGGCCACUCGAUAGAUAUUUAAAAUGGAAAAAAAUUACCUUCCCCCCAAAAAUUCUGGUUGAUGACUACUUCCACUGUUUCAGCUGUGUCUCAACAAAGCAGAAGGUACACUCUUCUUGCAACUGGGCAGUUGAUGUCAAUGAGGAGUUAUUGCAUUUUCUGUGAAAACAAUAAAAUCAUAGGGUUCAAUCCCAAGCUAUUUCUUUUCCUACAGCAUUCCCUUUGUGACUAACCCAUUUAAUUCAUUUUCUCUAGUGUUGUUUUUAGAACGCAAUAUAUAUCAUUUUCUAUUCUGUCUUAGGAGAAAAGCUACUACAAAAUUGAUUUUUUUCAAAGCUAAUAUAAAAAUGACUGAAUAUUCAUAGUAUGUAUACAUAUAAUUGUGUAUGUUAUUUCAUGAGUAAAGAAAGAAAUAGAAGCUUGACACUCUACUGUGAAGUACAUCAGUAAGGAACAGUCCUGAGCGGGUUAAUAUCUGCCUUGAAAUAGAAGUGAGAGAUAAAGACAGGCAAAGCUUCCACAUAUUUCUAUAUGGAUUGCUUUAUGAGCACAUGUUCAUUUAAAGCUUAAUAAGUUUAUGAGUGAUGGUUUCACUACCCUGAACCCAUGUGAGAAUCUCAAACUGGAAUCCAAAAUUUGGAGUUGGGCUGAGGUUAAACUCUGGGUAGAAACUGCAAUAGUUUUCUCAAGGAUAUAUUUACAACUGAUUGAAUUUAAUUUCAAUUGUACUAAUUUUCCAUAAGUUGAUCUGAAAUGUAUUCUUAUUUUUCAAUAAACUGAUGGGAAAUUCUAUGAGUAGGGAUAAGCUUGGUAGUUUUGCUUGUUUUUGUAUGGCUCUUCAUUGUUGCCCUGGGUUUCCAGGCUAUCAUUUUUAUUUCUUGAGUCUCACCAGUAUAUUUAAAUGUAUAAGUUUAAUCAAAUAUGCAUUGUAUUAUAUUUCUAUGAAAUACGAUUUACAUUGAAGACCAUAAAGUUUAGAUGGAACUUAAUUUACAUUUUGAUAUUUUCCUUCUUCCAAAUAGUUUCAGAUAGCUGUAUGUUAUUUUACUUUGUUUUUUU